CUUCGGGCAUCCGUUCAGUCACAAUCUUAUUUCAACAGGUCACUCAGAUCUAUCUGACAUGACUGCUGGGAUGCCUCAUCCCAAAGGCGCGGUUGUCGCCGGGACCUGGCUAUUUGGAAGGCUAGCGGUCGAGAAGGCAGCUGAAGUGCUCUUGUCUUCCUCCACCUCCCCUACAGCACCUCCUUCUAUUGAUCAUCCUUCCGAGACUAAUCUUGCCACGUCUAUAGCCCUGGAUGCCGUUGAAGCCGGUAUAAAUGUCGUGGAGUUGGAUAAUCAAGAUCAGUACUACGUGGGAUACGGUGGUUUCCCGAACGCGGAAGGAGAAAUGGAAUUGGAUGCCGCCAUCAUGUGUGGGAGUCGCAAGACCUACGGCGGAGUUGCCGCGCUUCAGGGAGUAAGCCGAGCAAUAUCCGUGGCCCGGCGUGUGAUGGAGGAGAGCGUUCACAGUUUGUUGGUCGGGCGGGGCGCGAGUACAUUCGCCAGGAGCCAGGGCUUUGAGUGGGACGAGGUUUUGUCCCCCGCCGCCAGAGAAGAGUGGCUUAUCUGGAAAGGAAACGAAGGAAAGGAGGGCCCACAGGUGGACGGCCGCAAGGAGGAAAGCGCCGGGGUCCCGGCUCCCCCAAGAGAGGGGGACGCAGUGGCUCCACACGACACCGUCGGUCUUCUUGUCCUCGAUGCACAUGGAAACUUGGCCGCGGGCACUUCCACGUCUGGGUGGUGCUUUAAGCAUCCAGGGCGUGUGGGCGACUCGCCCAUCGUUGGCAGUGGGCUGUAUGCCGACAGUGCCGUAGGGGGCGCCGUCGCAACAGGUGACGGCGAAGAGAUUAUGCGCGUCUGCCUCUCUUUCUUGGUGGUGGAAAAGAUGAGGGAAGGUCUGGGCCCGGCCUUGGCCUGUCAAGCGGGCAUCCAACGCUUGAAGGUCCUGAUCAGGGAGGGAGGGGGGGAGGGCGAGAGACAGGGCAUGCACGAAAGCCUGACGGUGGCCGUCAUGGCCCUGGACAAAGAGGGGAGGGUGGGCGCUGCGUCCACCUUGGGGGAGCACAACCGGCACCGGGGGCGUCCAGGUUUCCCUUUUGUUGUGUGGAAAGAGGGGCUUGGAAAGGCCUGGGUGGAGGAAGCGGACGACACGGGAACGGCGUGA